AGAUUUUGUGCGGAAGUGACAUCGAUUGAACUUGUGCUGUCUGGAAAGUCGAGACUCGAGUGCUAUUCGAUGGAAACAUUAUCGAUUGUGGAUGCUAUCGACUGCCGGAUACGCUUGUUUAAGAGUUAACUCAAGAGGUUUUACAAUUCCACGAGAUUGAAGCGAUGAUGCGGCGGUAGCAUUUUGUAAAACACCCAAAAUGCUGGACGUAUCAGACACUAUAUCAGAAGCCAGCUUCGUGACCAGCUUGGAAGAGGCGCCGUGUCGCACUGACCAAUGCACACAGACCCCACCUAGCGGGAAGGCGAAGCCCCGCACCCUGCAAAGGUACCACACCUCAGACCAUCUCUACGAGAGGGCCCACCGGACGAGACACAAGCACGAGUUCAGACCUAAGAGCUUGUUCAGCGACUCCUGCCCGUUCAUAGGGAAGCCGCCGAGCUAUGAUAGUGGAUACAGUUCAAAAUUCAAAGUGACGGUGACCGACAGCCCAACGAUAUCGAUCACGCCACCCCACAGCCUGGACUACGUGUGCGCUAAAGGAGGAGCGAGUCCCAACGGUAGCGCGACGCCGAACGGCAUGAUGCCGAGCCGGUCGCCCGCGACAGUGCUGCCGAAUCCAGGAUAUCUGUCGCCUUGCCAGUGCAACCAGUCUAUGAAGAGCGUUAGCGAAGUCCCCCUUGCCAUGCCGGGAUCCCCCGGCUGGACCGGCGAGGAGCCCGCGAACGGCUGGCCCGGCGGGCUGUCCUGGAGACGACUGCACAUGUCCCGGGCCAAGCUGAAAGCCACCGCCACUACCUCGGAGCUACUAUCAGGCUUCGCAAUGGUAGCGAUGGUGGAGCUCCAAAUAAACGAGCCCACCAACGUCCCAGAGUGGCUGUUCGUGAUGUUUGCAGUCUGCACGACGGUGCUCGUCGCCGUCCACAUCUUCGCUCUGAUGAUAUCCACAUACUUGCUCCCACAUAUCGACGCUGUGAGCAAGAUGGAGAUGCCGGGGGCCCCGGCGAGAGCUUUGGAAGAAUCGCCGCAUGAACGAAUGAGAGGGUUCAUUGAGCUCGCUUGGGCGUUUAGUACAGUAUUAGGUCUAUUCCUGUUCCUCGUGGAGAUUGCCAUAUUAUGUUGGGUGAAGUUCUGGGACUACUCGUUCGCUGCGGCCACGGCAGCUACUGUGAUAGUGAUACCAGUGCUCGUAGUGUUCGUGGCAUUCGCCAUCCACUUCUACCACUCGCUAGUAGUGCAGAAGUGUGAGUCGUCAGUGCAAGACAUCGAGCAGCUGGAAACAAUGAAGAGGGAACUAGACACGGCCACUGUGAAAGUCAACAUGUUCUAGUGGCCGGAAAGUGGCCUUUCAGCAGUUUAAAUAAUGGUAGCGCUUUUAUCGUCUAUCGUGUCACGUCACUCGUUUUUUCAUACGUGUCAGCUUGUCACAAGCCACGGCGACAAGCGAUAAAAGACCAUCUUAAGCGGCCCGUACUGAAGGUUGCUAUAACAAUGGACAGGCGGGAUAAUUGUUUUAUUUUUGUAUAACCUAAAGGUCUAGACAGUGGCGGAUUUGCCCUAAGAUCCAGAAGGCCCGGGACUAGGGUGGCAGCAUGGUGGCAGUCUUUUUAUAUGAUGGAUGCUGAGAAAGGGGCGGCUAAUGCCCCAUCCGCCACUGUUACUUGGAAAACCAGUAGGAAUCGAAUUCUACGAAUCUAGGGGUCAAAUUAUAUAAAAGACUAAUUUUAGUAAUUGAGUAAAAUCAUUUAAAUUCAACGAAUAUAUUUCUUUAAUUAUAAAGUUAUUAACCUUAUUACCUAAGCUAAGAAAAAUACAUAAAUAUAAAAGACAAACAAUUGUGCUGCAGGCAGCUAAAUAGAUUCAUAUAAAAUUUUAUUAGCUAGAUUAGAAUAGGAAAUUUCUGACUUUUUACGAUUUCACUGAAACUUUUUAACAUUUGCUGGGCAUACCGCCAACGUGCUGAAUUCUUCUUCCAUUUAGCUAUUAUAUACAAUCUACUUAUAGGUACCGUACAAACGGCAAAGACUGUAAAAUUUGAAUCUAAAAGUCUUAAGAAACGGGCUCUUUCGCCAGUUUAAGCCAGCCAUUGAAUAACAAACUGAAAUUAAACCUUAAAUGAAUAGGCGAAGGUUCAUAUUGCUUUGAUAGAAAUGCCUGACUGACUACUGUGUUGUUGAUUUUAGUAAAUAAGCGUUAAAAGCAUAGACAUAGUAUAUACAAGUACUUAUAGACGCGCCACCGAGCGACCGGGGGUAAGAAAUCGUUAUUUGUGCAACAAGAGAGAAAAGUUGGUUUUUCUUGCGAGUGUUUAUUUUGAGUCCCGAGAAAGCGAAAGAUUGUAUAAUUGAAUCACGAGCGAAGCGAGUGAUUCUAAGGUAGAAUCUUGAGCGUAGCGAGGGACUCAAAAACACGAGAUGUAAAAUAACUUUGCUCUCGUGUUGCACACAUAAUUUUUCACCUCAGUAGUGAGAACAUAUUAAAGGUUAAAAUGUAUUUCGAAUUACACAGAAUAAAAAAGUAUUACAAUAUGUACGAUACGAUACGAUACGGGACGGGACCGGACCGGACCGGACCGUACCGUACCGUACCAUACCAUUAAAAAAAUGUAAUAACUGAAUACUGCGUAAUACUGAGCCAGAACCUUUUUGUUUUGCUGCGACGCACACAGGAUUUUUAUUUGUAUAAAACAGUAUUUUUAUGUAUUUUUUCCUUUUCCUCUACAUAUUAUGUAAAAAUCGGUGUGACUUAUUUGUUGUUGUAAUUUUUAUUUAUUUUCUGGAUUGUUCUGUGUACUUAUGUCAUUUCUGUAUUUCAAUAUUUUGUGUGUAUUGUGGCAAACAAAUAAACAGUUUAUCUCUCUAUCUAUCUAUCAAUAAAAGUAUGAAGUUCAUGGCCUUCACUAAAUUAAAAAGCUACAUUGUUUCACUCCCUGGAGUGAGGAAAGUCGCACUUUCCUCACUCCAGGGAGUGACGAAAGUAGGCUUGUUCGAGCUGCUGAGGUGAAAAAGAAUAUUCAUAUAAAAUGUACACUACGCAAUUUAUCCGGUUUGCAUGUCCACACCAUACACCCAGUGGGUGGUGUACCGGAACCCAUUCCAAGGUUCUUUCCUUUUUCCUUACACAUUUUAGCAAGUAUUCCGGUCAACCAUACUCAGCGUAUUGCUUAGUAUAAUACGGAAUUAAUACCCCUAUUAUGUAAGUAGAUAAUUUAAUAAAAUCGCAAUUCGAAGUAUUUUAACUGUUUUUAAAUGUUGAUCUGUCAAUCAGUAUUCUACAACGUUUUUGAUAAGAUGUAUUAUAUUUUAUUAAACUAAUGUACUCGAA